GCCACUCACAAACAAGUCAUCAACAGUCUAACGGAAAGUGACUAUUCUUCUCCGUCACACACAGCUGUCUUUAGCAGCCCUCCGUCUAAAUAUUUACACACCACAAUGUCACUUACCCGCGAUAACGAUGACCUUGGUGAUGCAGAUGCAAUCUCUAGGCCAACCUCAAUCAGUUCGGACAAUGAAGGGGUAAAGAGCAAUUCGAAGACUGCAAACAUCUCUUUGAAAGGUCGAAAGGGUAUUUUGCUCAGUGACGGAAUUAGCGAAAGCGAAGAGAAGGCAUCAUCUGAGAGUGAAGAAGAAGAUGGAAUGGUAUUCUUGAAUAAAUUUCGUCAAAGACGAGCCAUUUCAGAUCGCAUCGAUGAAGGUUUUGACUCUCAGCCUCUGCAUCCUUCGUUGAAUCAAUCGAGCUCCCGCUCAAGUACAAUCAUGAACACUCACAACUUGAUUCCUCCCGCCAACGAUUCUUCCAUCUUUUCAGGAUCGCUUACUGAACUGAGCUCUUCAAAUGAUCAAGACUCAAAUCGCGCUUCAUCUUCCACAACGAAGCUUCAUCAUCUUCGGCAACCCGAUUCCCCUUUGAUGUCAAGUAAAGAUCCAGUAUUCGAUCGAGAAGGGCGAUCUGCAUCGCAAGAAGAAGGAUUGUACAUGACUGAAGCAGAAAAGCGAGCUGAACAAGAGCAUAAGCGAGCGGAGCGCAGAUUGGCAAUGGAGCGAUUAGCUGCAAAAUCACGCAAAAGUGAUGAAAAUGCUACUGAACCGGAAAGCAGUGCACCAACAGAAGAUCACAUCACCUCAACUUCUGAUAAAGAUAAGCGAAAUGUUCCGAUAAAGACGAAACAACGUAAGAAAAGCAAGAAAGUAGGAGAUAAAGUGGCAGCAAGGACACUCAAUCUUGCUCCGGAUUUGGACAUGGCGGCAGAUAUUUCAAGUGAAAAUGAUGAGGAUGUGAGAACAUCAACUUCUUCUGUUGGGAAACAUGUUCGGCCUUUAUCCAAGAAAGAUCUAGAUGAGAUGAAUCGUGUUCAAGCUCGAAUCGAACGAGAGAAGCGCAUUUCAAGCGCUCGAGUCCGACAAGCUAUCCGUGAGAGAAAACGUUUUGGUAUUCACGAUCUCUUGAACACGAUCGGAAGUAGUGAAGCAAAUCGGAAACAUGCCUUACCGCUCACAAAGCUGGAGAGAACAUUAUCGCCACCUCAAAGCCGCCAAUCGCCAAGCUCUGAUCCGAUCGAGGCCUUCUCCGACAAUGAUGAAGUUAAUGUGAAUCCCAAGCUUAUGUUGGCGAAGCCGUCUUCCCGCCCAAUUUAUGCGCAGAUCAAAGAUCGUUUAUCCCCUAAAGAAUCCGCACUCGAUGAUGAUGAGGACAUUGACUUAUUUGAUAGUGAAAAUAUGAUCGAGAAGGCAUUACGUCAGAGUGAAGAGCGAGAUCGAUGGCGCAAAUGGCAAGAACGGAAGAAAGCGAUAUUGAGAGAAGCAAUCACUGAUGGAAAAGGUGCUGAAAAGGGCGAGGAUGAUGAUAUUGAGCUUUACCGAGAUGCUGAACCAACAUCAACAUCUACCAAAACAUCGUACUCACCACAUUCUCGCCAUACCGGACGUCACAAUUUGGGACAUUCUGAAGUACCUCGACGAAUGUUGAGCGGGCGGGUCGAUGUUCAGCAGCUAGAAGAAGAUGAGCCUGAGAUGUCUUUCUCAACACAGCAGAUCCAACGCUUUGGUCGCCUUAUCGGGAAGAAAGGAGAACAAGAAAGCUCAAAGGAUACAAAUGUGACAGCAAGGAAGACAGAUCUAGCGUCGAACCUGCCUAAAACAGCAGGGAAGAAGCAAGAACAGUUCAGAGGGACAAAAGCGGUUGAACUUCAAGCAUACAUCAUGCACAAAAUGGAACGGCAGAAUAUCGAAUUACGAAAGGGGAGGGUCUCAAAGCCAAAAGUUGCAGAUGAUCAAAAUAACAGUGGUGAAUCUGAAAAACAAAACAUUGCAACUCUCAUUGAGUCUCUGCAGAAGAAUGUUCAAAAUACACAUACGAAUCAUUUGAACGGCGAUAUGAGCGGUGAUGAAGACGAUUCCGAAUACUCUCCUGAAAAUAAUGAUCAAGAGCAAAAUGCGGAGCAUGAUAAUGGCAGCGGAAAUGAAAGCGUGGAAGUGGCUUCAGAUGUCGAAGAUGCAAAUUCCAUCAUAGCACGAGUCAACAUCGAUGAAGAGGCAUUGGGUGGUUCGGGUAGCGAAGAAGAAGACCAAGAAGGCGUCUUUAUCAAGCCAAGGACUUCGCAAAAGUCCAAAAAGCAUCAGCACAUUCGCGUCAUUACAGACGAUGAUGACAAUGGCGACUUUCUUGAUAUAUCUGCACCAGAAGAUGAACCUUCGACGUCGACCAAAAAGUCGCACAGCAAUGGAGAGAGAAACGCAGUUGCUAAGCAAGCAAUCGAAGAAGGCAUGCUUCACUCGAUCCCAUCGACAGUCGUUAACGCCGGCCACGAGAAAAAAGAUUCCGAUCCGGAUCCUUCAGCUGUUUUUGGACAAUUUUUUGAGGAUACACAAUCAGAUGCGCCGUUGCAAAACGAUAGCUUUAAUGUGCUUUCUGUGAAAGAACAAGAUGGUACUGGUUUCACACAAUUCUUUGAGCAGGGUACGCCGUUGACUAGUUCAUUGAGAAAUGAAAUGAUGCCGCCACCAUCAACUAGCGCAAAAGGUUUUCUUCUCCACCAAGCUUCGGAUCACGAUGAAUUUGCAGCUCUUCGAAAAGCUCAAGCUUCGCAGGCGAAAUUGAUCGACGAUGACCCGUUUGAUUUGCCUGAACUGGAUGAUAUCCUGCUACCUGAACAGCAAGACGCAAAUAUUGCUCUAGAAUUGGAAGCAAUGCGUGCAGAAGAGGAAGAACGCCUUCUUCGCCUCAAAAGCACAAAUCGAUCAGAGAAUGGAAUCACGUACAUCAACAAAGAAGGUUUCUUUACGCAAACGAGACCCCAAUCCUAUAGCUUUCAGCUCAGUCAGAUGCAAACACAGCAGGCAGUCUUGGGCGGCAAGAUGAAAAGACGCUAUCGUCGAGCUGCUCCUGCACAUGAAGAAGAUGAUCAAGCGCAAAGCAAGAGCGAUAAUGUUCAGAUUGAUGAAAGUAUGCAGGUCGAACAAGAGCCUGCGCGUGAAAGACAUUCAGCAUUUGAUCUUCUGAGAGAAGGAGCCCGUACGAUCGUAAGAAAGGAUGAGGUUAAAGCGAGGAUGAAAUUCAUUUACGGUGAGGCAGAAGAAUCGGAUGGAGAUUCUGGAGACGAAGAGGGAAUGGGCCCAAAGAAAGGGAAAAACAAACGAAGACAUGGUGGGUUAGAGGGCGUUUUCAGUGAUCACGACGAUCAAGACUCAAGCGAAGGAGAUGAUGAGGAUGAGGAUGAGGAUGAUGGGCGAGAUCUUGAAGAUCUGAUCGAUGAACAACGUGACGAAGAAGAAGCUGAAAAGGACGUUUUGGCGCGUGAAAGAUAUCUUAAAGAUGUUGAUGAAGAUGAAAAGGCUGCUCUUGCAUUGCACGAAAGGGCAAUUCGAGGUGCUUUUCGGAAUAAAAGACGUGCUAGAAACCAUGAAAGUGGAAAUCUGGAAGGAUUUCUGGAAGAUGACUACGAAGAUGAUUGGUUACAGAAGCUUGCCAAGAACCCGUAUGGAAGUAUAGCCAAGAAGCGUCGAUUAGAAGGCAAAGAUGGCAUGGAUCUUCUGGCGGAAAGAGAAGAUUCACAGGCAUUUGUUCGAGAGUAUCAUGACAGUCAUCGAGAUUCGCAACCUGUGGAUGCCUACUCGUUCCUGAUGCACGUAGACGAAGAUGAAAGUGAUGAGGGUGAGAUUGACCGCAAAGCACCCAUUUCGCGCAAAGACGUGCAAAAUGCCAUAGCCGCAAAGCGAAAAGCAAAACGCUUGAAUGCUUUGGCUGAUGAAGUCGAAAUCGAGGAGCGCAGAAAGAAAGAGGAAGAAGAAGAGAUUCGGGAAAGACAACUUCGACGAAACAUUGAACGUGCUCUUUACAACGCAAGUGAUGAUGAAGAUGAGGAGAAUUUACCAGAUCAAGGAAACAGUCAUUUUGCAGAUUCAUCAGCUCACUCGAAUGUGCGAUCCAACCCCGUCGAAGUGGCAGAACAUGACCAAGACAAAGAAGAAGCUAUGCAAUCAUCCCUUGCUUCUGUUCUGCCUGUAGUAGCAACUCGUUCCAUCAUCUCGGACCGUGAAAGAGCACGAUUGGCGAGACUUGCAAAAGAUUUUGAGAACGAACCCGAUUGGCAGUCAGCAAAAGAGGCAAUCCAAAGAGUUCGUGGAAGGCCAGCCAACAAGAAUGAAAGCUCAGGAGGUCGUUCUGUGGCGAAUGGGCUUGGAAGCACGAAGCAAACAAACUCUACAUCAUCUUCUUCGAACGUUCGAACCCGUCUUCAAGGUGUCAUGAGCAGAGAAAACCUGUUCUCGUAGGAUUACGAAUUGAAUUUUCACUGUGACUGUACUCUCAUGAUGUCGAAAUGUUCUCUUUGCUAUGCCUAUUUUUCGUUCUUUAGAUCUUUCAGGUGAUGAUCAAAUAUGCCGAAUCUCACCGCAUUGAAGAAUGGCACACUUUGCAGCAGAUUCUGUCUGAUUCGUCAUGUGCUAAAUCGAUUUCCCAUGCUUUUGUUUGUGCUAAAUCUAUCAUUUCCCAUGCUUUCGUUUGUUCUAAAUCUACUUACCACGCUUUCGUUUUG